AUGGAUGUUACUAUUCAUUUAAACAAAGAAUUGUCAUACCCAAAGACAACGCUUAGAAACAAAAAUGAAAAAAAAACUCUCAUUACUCUUUCAAAAAACGAAAAAAUAUCUGGAACAGUUUAUAUUUCUAAACCUUCUAAACCAUUCAUUCUGGUUUACAAUUACUUUUUAUUGGCACAAACCAUGAAAGAGGUAAAGUAAUUCAAUUUCAUACGCAAACAUCACUUCUUGCACCCCCAGGCAAAAUAGAAGAUGCAACAAAUUUUCCAUUUAAUUUAACUCUCAACGCUCCUUUCGACAGUUAUUUAAGUAAUAACAUUCAAAUAUCUUAUUGUUUAAAAGCUGAAUUUCUAAAAAGUUCAAAGAUAGCUCAAAUAAUUCAAGUACCACCUAUUGGGAUUGUUGACCUUUUUAUUAAAACAUAUUCUUCUGGUAUAAAAGGUAAUCCUAUAGUUGAUGAAAUAACUCAACCAAACCUUAAACUUAAAGUAGAAAUCAAUUCAAACGUGUUUGAUACAAAAGGCAUUAUAAAAGGAAAGAUUUUAUUUGAGGAGGUUAAUCUUGAAAAUCCUAUUGAACAAGUAAAUCUUGUUCUUAUUCGUAAAGAACAUUUUGAACAAGAAGUAAUUGAAACAAAAGUAUUUACUCUUGAAGUUAUGGAUGGGUCACCAGAAGACCUUAUAACAAUCCCUUUUAAUAUGUUCUUAAAACCAUUAUCACUUUCUCCAACCACCUCUUCUCAAAUUAAUACCUUUUCUCUUAGUUAUGAUUUAAGAAUGAACCUAGAAACUGAAAAGAAACGUUUGUUUAAAAAAUGGGAAGUUAUUCUCUUCAGAAAACAAGAUAGAAAAAAGAAGUCUUCUCAAAAAUCUCAUCGCCCUAGUAAUCAACCUAUUAAACUAACCCAACAAUCAUUAUCAAGAAGUGAUAGUGUAGAAAGUCUUAAUGAAUCUCUCAGAGAAAGUUCUACUAAAAAUUCACUACAACUCCUUCAAUUAGUAGACAACUCAUCACAUUCCAGUCUUAGUCAACACACAGAUUUUGGAAUUGAACUUGGAGUAUCAUCUAAGGGAGAUUCUUCUGAAGAUUUAUUAUAA